AAACUUUAUCUACGCUCCAGGCAGUGGUUUUUAUUUCUUUAUAUUAAGUAGUAACAGCUUGAACCAAACAUGUAGCAAGUCUUACUUUAAAAAGUUUAGUGUCCUAGCUGGGAGGCUUAGAUUCCCUUCAGUAACAGUUACUGUUUGUAGCAGCUGGAGCAUACAGACCUCUUGUGGUAAGCACAGAGCACUGCUGAGAUGUGGUCUGAAAUGACUGCCUGAAAAUACCGAGAGGGGAGUGAAAUUCUGUGUCCUGCAACUAAAUUAACUUUGCUUUCCUUAACAUAAGCAUUACAUUCCAGAAAACCCUAAUCCUAAAAGUGGUAUUAUUCCAGGAAGCUUAAGCUUUGAAUCGGUCCUGUCAGCGGUUGCUGACUUUAAAGCCCCUGUUUUUGAACCUGGAGGUUCCAUGCAACAAGGAAUGUAUACACCUAAAGCUGAAGUCUGGGAUAAGGAGUUUGACCCUGUCAUGGUCAUACUUCGAACAGUUUACCGCAGAGAUGUGCAGUCUGCAAUGGACAGAUACACAGCAUUCUUAAAGCAAAGUGGCAAAUUCCCUGGAAACCCAUGGCCUCCUUACAAGAAGAGAACACCACUACACCCAAGUUACAGGGGUCUCAUAAAGCUUUUGCACUGUAAAACCCUGCACAUUGUGCUCUUCACACUUCUUUACAAGAUAUUAAUGGAUCAUCAGAAUUUAUCAGAACAUGUGCUUUGCAUGGUUUUAUACUUGAUUGAGCUGGGUUUGGAAAAUUCUCCUGAACAAGAAUUAGAUGAAGAGGUAAGAAUAAAUACCAUAAUUUUCUUCAAAAUGCAAAGGUAUUUUUUAAUAUUCAAUAUGCUUUAAAAUUAGAUUUAACCGUAGUACAUAGAAUAAAACAUCUUUAUUAACUUCUGUAGGGAACAAAUAAUA